AUGGAGGUGCGCAACGGCAUCUUCCAAGGGGAUGCUCUAUCCCCUACCCUCUUUGUCCUAAGCGUAGCACCUAUCAGCUACGCCUUAGACAAGAGAGUCAGACCUGUGCGCUCAGCCUCAGACUGGCAGGCUGGCUAUGGCUUCGAAAUGGGACACCACUUUUACAUGGAUGACCUAAAGCUGUAUGCUAGGAACUCAGAAGACCUCGAUCGACAAGUGCAGAUCGUGUCCGAGGUGUCAGAAGCAAUUGGAUUGCAGCUAAACCUCAGCAAGUGCACGAAGCUGCACUAUGCCCCCCAUGACAGAACAGCUGAGGCAACGACUGUGGCAGGGUCGCUGGAGGUAUUGAAGUAG